AUGGCCAUGCUGAGAGUGUCCUCAUACCGCAAACUCUUUGAGGAGGAACAUCCAAGAUCAACUUCAUGGCUCAGCCAGCGCUGUGGAACCCAGAUCCUCUCCUCUUCUGCCAGGACUGGAGUUUCCAUGAUCGACUGCCCUGAACCGGACUUCUCUGCAGCUCGAGCUUUAAACAGGGAGAGUCUGAUGCGGUUCUCCCAGGAGCGCUCCAUAAUCGCUGCCCUUAAUGAUCGCCUGGCGGUCCUUAUCGACAUGGUACGAUGUCUGGAAGAAGAAAAUGAGUCUUUGGAGGCUCAGAUUGUUGAGAUGGAAGGGAGAUUGGCAGCCAGACCGAUUGCCUCCAGCUCCAGCAGUCCCGACUGCCCAUCAUACUCCAGCCUGGAGGCUGUGAUUGAGAGACUGCGCAGAGAGAAGGACGAAAUUUUGUGUCACAAGGAGGAGCUGAAGAAAAACCUGCAUCAUAUAAAAAUAAAGUAUGAAGAGGUUGUAGAGCAACGGACUCAGCUCCAACUGGAGCGCAAGGAUGUUGCCGUGGAGGUAGAUUCAGUGACUGCUGACUGCUUGGCACUAAGAGAACAAGCAACGAUCUAUGAGGAGCAGUUAGCUACCAUGGAGCAACAGCAUGAGUUGAGUAUUGAGAGUCUUUGUGAGCCUGCAGCUGAAGAUCGGGAUGAUCCGACCGUAUCUCUGCAAUUCCCCUCCAUCGACCUCACUCCAGCCAUCACGGUUAUCAACGACUAUUAUUGCCAGCUGGCUGAAAGCCUACAGUUUGAGUCCAGGGCUGUUGAGAUUGCCAGAGGACAAGAGAAGAGGAGGAACCUGGAAAAACUUACUGGAGGGAAGGUUAAGGAUAAUUCUGAGGUGAUGGACGUGAAUGGUCUGAAGGAGCUGAUUGCUAAACUGCAAAAGGAGCUCGCUGAUCUGGAGGCAUGUGGUGAGGAACUAGAGGCAGAGACUGAAGCAAAAAAAGAGGCUCAUCUGCUAGAGAUAGAGGAGCUGGAAACCUGCAUCUGCCAGCUGGAGAAAGAAGAGGCUGACUUACAAGCACAGAUGAAGGAACAGAUGGGGGACUAUGAGGAUCUGCUCAAUGAGAAGAUGGCACUGGACAUAGAAAUUGAAGCCUACAGGGUUUUGGUGGAGAUGGAGGAGGAGAGAUUGUGCUACCCUUAAGACAUACAAUAUCUUGUGUAUUGCUGCUGAACUAACAGACUUACAUCAAAUUGC